AGGCAACAAAAAUACCACUGCUUCCUCCCCGCUUUAAUACAGCGAUCCCUGACACGACAUUGCGGUCGCCGCCCCUAACCAAGCAAGCAAUGGAAAUUUGCGAGCAUGGCGAAAUCUUUGUCGAGAAGGAUGGCGAUGUCAUUUUCGACCACACAAAAAUCAUCCUGCGAGACGCCGAUGACGAAUACUUCUACGCAAAGAUCAAUCAGCGGAUGACCCGAUUCUCCAUCGUUGACAUCAAUGGGCUAGACACAACCAGGAUUCCUACCGACCAAAUCUGGCCUUUGGCUAAUCCCAAGUUCAGUCGAGUUCCGGACUCUCUACCUCCCACCUCCUACCUCAAGCGACCCCGCCUUCUGUACUAUGGCCUCGACGAUCUGGAUUGUGGCAGUCAUAUUUUGACCGAAGUGGAGGCGUGCGAAAUCUUGAAAAGACACCCUCAUUCCAACAUCGCACCAUACCUGGGCUGUAUUGUUAAGGCGGGGAGGAUAAGAGGACUCGCCUUUGCCAGGUACUUUGUCACCCUCUCGCAGAUGUUAAAGGACGGCACACCUUUUGACAGGGGACAUUGCUUGCGCGGGAUUGAAGCGGGUGUUCGUCACAUGCAUAAGUUGGGGCUUGUGCACAACGAUCUCACCCCAACGAACAUCAUGAUGGAUGGAGAUAAUCCUGUCAUCAUAGACUUUGACUCAUGCAAGCGAGAAGGGGAUGGACUGGGUUCGAAGGCAGGAACCGAUGGGUGGACACUGGACGGUCAAGACCGCGCAAUGCAAGAGAACGAUCUGUACAGUCUCUCGAUACGAGCUGCUUUGAAGACAGAUGGAUUGUGUAUUCCUAAUCCCCCGAUGGCAUUGUGAUGAAUUGGCAGUUCCAUGUUAUCAAACACAAUCCGUGACUGAUACUGACCUCUCCAGCUUGCGCAGAGGUGGUUUCAAAUGGGAAUG